AAUGAAGAGUUUAAUUUGCAAUUGUUGUAAUAAGGAAUUUUUUGACGAAAAUGAACAAAAAAUUCAUUACAAAUCAGAAUGGCACACUUAUAAUCUUAAACGCAAGGUUGCUGGAGUUCCUGGAUUGACAGAAGCACUCUAUAAAGCCAGACAGUCUGCACUUUUAGAAACCCCAUUGCUAUAUAGCUGUGAACACUGUGGCAAAGAAUUUACAACCUCUAAAGCUCAUGCUCAACAUCUCAAAUCUAAGAAGACUCACUUAGCACGAGCUUCGCAAGAGAUAGCUCAUCAUCACGAGUGGGAGGAGGUUGAUCAAGAGGAAGAGAUCGCGUGUGAAGACAAUGACUCAUUGAAGGAACUAAAGAUGAACAGGAGCAGUACUAGUAGUGGUGUUAAGGAUGAGGAGUUUGAUCCGCGUUGCUGUUUCAUGUGUGAUAUGAAACACGAUACAGUAGAAAACUGCACGAUCCAUAUGCACAAGAAGCACGGGUUCUUCAUACCUGAUAUCGAGUAUUUGAAGGAUCCUAAAGGCUUCAUCACUUACCUUGGUCUCAAGGUUAGAAGGGAUUAUAUGUGUCUGUAUUGCAACGAUAGAUGUCGUCCUUUUAGUAGUUUGGAAGCAGUUCGGAAGCAUAUGGAUGCAAAAAACCAUUGCAAGGUACACUAUGGUGAUGGCGGUGAUGAUGAAGAGGCGGAAUUAGAAGAGUUUUACGACUAUAGCAGCAGCUAUGUGGAUACAACUGGGAAGCAGCUUGUUUCAUCUGGGGAUUUUAACAACAAUGUAGAGCUGGGAAGUGGUGGAUCUGAACUCAUAAUAACAACAAGAACUGAUGAUCGAUUGUCUGUUAAAUCAAUCGGGUCAAGAGAGUUUUUGAGAUACUAUCGCCAGAAACCAAAGCCUACGCGUACUAAUGAUACAGCUAUAAGCUCUGCCUAGCUUCAAGGUAUCGAAGCACGAGACUAGCAACCAUGUAGAGGGAGCACAAUGCUAUGAUGGAAGUGUUGAAGGCCAUGAAUAGAUGUGGUGUGGAUGCUGCACUCUGGGAUUGGCAGGAAAAGCAAUGUUAUUCGAGACCUCCCUAAAAAUAUACCAUAUAUCCUAUGAGUGCUAUAAUAUUUAUCAGUGUGUAUAGUUUUGGAGAAGCAUAAUACAUAAACAUGCCUCUUAACUAUGUAUAAACGUUUGGGAUACCACACACCCAACGCCAAGAAAUAAAUAGAAAUUUCAAAUUUAUAA